CUAUAGUUCGGUGAGUGUCCAUGGAGUAAACAAAGUCGCGUCGCUCCGGAGGGUAGAAUUUCUUCCCAAAUUAAACCUUCUUGGGGGACGAGAGAGAGGAGUAGCGACGGCUUGUGAAGGGGAGAGGAGACGCAGCUGAGGUCGGAGGAGAAGGUUGCCGCGCCGGGAAUUGCUAUUAGGGAAGGAGAAAAGCUCUGAUGUCCAUAUAGACAACCCUAAACAUCAAACUUCAAAGAGAGAUAAUCUUUGUGGAAUUCUGUAAUAUGGUGUGUGUUAGUUGAGCACUCACUGUGAAGAAGUGUAGUAUAUUGUUAAGAAUUAUAAGCAAGCUAUAGCCAAAAUGACUACAACAGAACAAAGUGCUGUCAACAAAACAUGGGAGCUCUCUCUCUAUGAGCUCCACAGAACUCCACAAGAAGCCAUCACUGAUAGUACAGAAAUUGCAGUAUCUCCACGCUCUCUCCACUCAGAGCUCAUGUGUCCUAUCUGCUUGGACAUGUUGAAAAACACUAUGACCACAAAGGAGUGCCUACAUCGAUUCUGCCAGGAAUGCAUCAUCACAGCACUGAGAUCUGGCAACAAAGAAUGUCCAACAUGUCGCAAAAAACUUGUGUCUAAAAGGUCACUUCGUCCAGACCCAAACUUUGAUACCCUCAUAUCAAAAAUCUACCCCAGCCGUGACGAGUACGAGCAGCACCAAGAGAGAGUGUUUGCAAAGCUGAACAAGAACCACAAUCAUGCUUCCUUAAUCACUUCCAUAGAGGAGGGCAUCAGGCUGCAGAUUCAAAGCCGACAGAAGAACAGAAAAUCCAUGCAGGAGGAGGGGAGUGAACCCAAUACACCAACCACCACAAACACCAGUGCUGCAACCACAGCCAAUCCCAACAACUCCACCAAUGCUACAAAUUCGUCAGCUCUAGGGCCUAGGGUAAAGAAGCCUCGAAGAACCUCAGAAAAUGAGUCCGGUGCAGGGUCCAGUAACGAUGGCAAUCCCGGUGAAGAGAUCGAAGGACCUAUAGAAUCAGGGGAGAUUGAGCUGGUAUUCAGACCUCAUCCACUGGAGAUGAACGAGGACAACGAAUUGAUACGGGAAUUGAAGGAUUCAUCCAUACGUUACAUUAAGACAACAGCAAAUGCUACAAUUGACCACCUCUCCAAAUACCUGGCUAUGCGUCUUACUCUAGCAAACAGGACAGGAGAGCUAGAGACAGAACUUCCAUCGUCUCUCAACAACUUCUGUAUCUACAUUGCUCCAACUCCAGACCAAUAUAUCGGUGUUGGUGGCUCACUCACACUAGAACAAAUCAAUGAAAAAUAUUGGAGAGUAAAUAAACCCAUGGAAAUGUUCUAUUCUUGGAAGAAAAAUUAAAAUGCAUGUUUACAACCAGUAAGAAAAAAAUCAUAUGCAAGAGAACAUCAACCAAAUGUUUGGGUCUUAAGGAAAGUUGCACAGUCUAAAACAAAUACAUGUGUUGGUUUCUGAAAAGCUUUUAAUGGAUUGCAAGAUGAACUUCAGGUUUUUGUGGCAUACCUCUUAAAUGCAGUAAUCAGGAUACCUGUGUUUCUAUAACAGACUGAAAUUAUGUUCGUGGAUUUUCUGGUUAAUUCAUACCUUCACCAGUACAAGCAGUUGUGUGGGAUCAGAUGGUGUUAUUUCAGUAUUGCGUAAAAUUAUGCAGUUAUUAGUGGUAUUAAAAAUUAAAAUUUUUGUACAACACUUUUUGGUGGCUGACCAAAUUUGUAAUUCAAAGAAGAGAAGAAAAGGGUAGGCAUGACCAAGUCGCAGUAAAUAUCCCUCACACUCUGUGGACUGCAGCUUUAAUCUAGAACAUUUUUACACAUCUUAUGAAGAACACAGGUAUUUAUUUUAUUGUGCCUAUGGCAGAGUACACUAUGAAUUCUGAUUUCAACCCUAGACGUCCAGAUUACAGAUUCUGGUGAAUAUAAUUGCAAACUUGGAAUGCUUUUGUUUGGAAUUUGUGAUAGAACGAUGUAAGAAAGAUAUAGUAUUAACAAGGUAUUGAAACAUUAAGGUUUCAUUUUAGAACUAGAGUUGCUGGAGGAGUGAUAAAGAUAUGAUUAGUCUUUGACUAUUCUUGUUAAUUAAUUUAAGGUGACAAAGCUUUGGGCUAUGAAGAGAGGUAUUUAAGGUGUCACUCAGUACAGUAAGAAUCAUUAAUCUAGAAUAUAGAGUAAUUUCAUCUUAAGCUCUUUGUGGUAACAUUUUGGUUAUGGGACAGUCCAUCAUAACUCACAUUUCACUAGAGACAUCUUGCACAAGGAUGGAUUGGUAAGACGUUGGGAUCUGGAGAUUUUUGUCAGACAAAUAUAGUGACAUUAUAUUUGUAUUUGUUUGCAAAUGGGAAUAAAUUUAUCUUUAAUCACUUCCUGUUAUGAAUUUACAAAGCUUGAAGUAAUAUCAUUAGGUCAGAAUUUUGCUUUAAAAUGUUUGACAUCUGCAUUUUCAUAUAUUACAAACUCUUUUAACAUGAAAACAAUGACUGAAAUAACACAAAUAAUGAUCUCAUUGCUUGUGAUUUUAUUAGUAAUUUACACUUGCUUUAUUUGUUUGAUAAAAAUCCAUACCAGUUUUAAGUCUUAUGUCACUAUAUUUCCCAGUUAGAGAGAUGAUUCAUGUAGGCUCAGUCUGUAAUAAUCAUUCCACUGACUAUGAUGCACAUUAUCUUUUUUCUGGACUGUCUAUUUGUUUAUUAUCUAUAACUGUAUCAUAUCAUUACUGUUGUCCUUCAGGAGAUAUUAGCAUGGUCAUUCCGCAGAACAUAAGUCCACUUCAACUGAAGUUUGAGGAAAUUUUAUUUGACAAAAUAACAUGAAACACUUAUUGACUAUUAUGUCUGCAACUGUAUUCUGAACUGAAAACCUUAAACAAUCUGAAAUAAUAACAAAGCUGAAAGGAAGGUUUGAGGAAUGUGUGAAUGGAUAUUAUAUUUAGAAACAGGCCUAUCACAUAGUAAAAAGGUUUGACAAUAGAUUCUUGGAAAUUGCCAGAGUUAAAUUGUUUGUAUAUACCACUACUUUGUAUUUGCCCUUAUUUAUAUUUUGGCAUAUGUAUGUAAACUAAUCCCAGUUAUAAAGAUCUUGUACUCCAUUUCCGUGAAACAAUGUACAACAUCCUUGUAUAUUAUUUUAUUCCUGUGUACGUUUAAAUCAAAGCUGUAGUUUUGGUGCAAGGAUUUGAUGCUUAAAAUAAGGGAAGAGUAUUCCACAAUUCAUUUUAUAUAUAUGAUUAUAUGGGUGUAUGAUUCAGCAGUGGAUAAAAGUAUAGCCAAAAUGAAUGUGAGGUUCAGCUUCUUUCAGUCCCUUAAGGGUUUAAUAAGAAAUUCUUGAAUAGUUCUCCCAUGCAUUUGUCUAACUUCUUUUACAUAUGACAAAUCCUUGUAGGAUAUAAAAAUAAAAGCUGAAAAUAACAGUGUGUAGGAGCAUUUGGUGUUAGUGUCUUGGCUUGUGUACAGUUUAGCUGUUUAUGCCGGCAGGUUCUUUCUUAUGUCAUCCUAGAAAAGAAGGACAAUAAAAUACAAUUUAGGUU